GAAGUAGAUAUUGAUCGCUGUGAUAUUGUUUCAUAAAUUAUGGCGAUUUAUGCGAGACUGCGGUGGUGCUAGAGCAGCAGAUAGGUCAUGCCAAUGACAUUCGUGUUUAAUUAAGAAAGUGACCAAACGUUUUAUCCAAAUGCCAGUGGAGUAAAUAUAUCAACAUCAGACUGAACCAUUUGUUUUAAACCUGAUAUUUGGACCAGACCGAUUGAGAGCGACAAAUUAACCGAUAAAGAUGGGGUCCAUGUUCCGUAGUGAAGAGAUGACACUGUGUCAGCUAUUCCUCCAGUCUGAGGCAUCUUAUGCAUGUGUAUCUGAGCUGGGAGAGCUGGGUCUAGUCCAGUUCCGAGAUUUAAAUCCAGAUGUAAAUGCUUUUCAAAGGAAGUUUGUUAAUGAAGUAAGACGCUGUGAUGAAAUGGAAAGAAAACUAAGAUUUUUGGAGAAGGAAAUAAAGAAAGAUGGCAUCCCUAUGUUGGAUACGGGUGAUAACCCAGAUGCUCCGGCCCCUCGGGAGAUGAUAGACUUGGAAGCUACCUUUGAGAAGCUGGAGAAUGAGAUGAAGGAGGUCAACGCUAAUUCAGAGGCCCUGAAACGGAACUUUCUGGAACUUACUGAACUCAAGCACAUCCUCAGGAAAACACAGACGUUCUUUGAUGAGGCUGAACUUCAUCACUCUCAGGCCUUACAUGACCCGGCUCUCACAGAGGAGAACCUAGGACUACUAGGAGAGGAGGCUCAGCGUACUGGACAAGCUCUCAGACUUGGGUUUGUGGCUGGUGUUAUUCUACGAGAGAGGAUCCCAGCGUUUGAGCGUAUGUUGUGGCGAGUGUGCCGGGGAAAUGUGUUUUUGCGACAAGCUGAAAUUGACAACCCUCUGGAGGACCCAGUCACGGGGGACCAAGUAGACAAAUCUGUAUUUAUUAUCUUCUUCCAAGGGGAACAACUGAAAUCUCGAGUUAAGAAGAUCUGUGAAGGAUUCCGAGCCACUUUAUACCCAUGUCCAGAAACACCAGCGGAGAGGAGAGAAAUGGCUAUUGGUGUAAUGACCCGUAUAGAAGAUCUGAAUACAGUUCUGAGUCAGACCCAGGACCACAGACAUCGUGUGUUGGUUGCUGCAGCACGUAACAUAAAGGUUUGGUUUAUCAAAGUUAGAAAAAUCAAAGCCAUCUACCACACCCUCAACAUGUUCAAUCUGGACGUCACUCAGAAAUGUCUCAUCGCAGAGUGUUGGUGUCCUGUUGGUGACCUUGACCGCAUUCAGCAGGCACUUCGGAGAGGCACGGAAAGAAGUGGCAGCUCGGUGCCAUCGAUUCUCAACCGUAUGAUGACCAAACAGGUCCCUCCAACUUACAACCGCACCAAUAAGUUCACUCAGGCCUUCCAAAACAUUGUUGAUGCCUAUGGUGUGGCUAGUUACAGAGAGGUCAAUCCAGCACUGUAUACCAUCAUUUCCUUCCCGUUUCUGUUUGCUGUCAUGUUCGGUGACACUGGACAUGGAAUCAUCAUGUUCCUGUUCGCACUUGCCCUGGUCCUGAAGGAGAAACAGAUACAAGCCAAGAAAAUUGAUAACGAGAUCUUUGAGAUAUUCUUCAGCGGUAGAUACGUUAUAUUGUUGAUGGGAGCUUUCUCUCUCUACACUGGCCUCCUCUACAAUGACUUUUACUCCAAAUCAGUCAAUAUAUUUGGCUCUGCGUGGUAUCCAAUAGACCCUCAAACUAAUAAUACCUAUACAUUGAAGACCUUGAAUGGAUCAGAAAAUCUUGUAUUAGAUGUCGGGACGAGCUAUGUGUCUGGACCCUACCCGUUUGGUCUUGACCCGGUAUGGUCAAUGUCCAAGAACAAGAUCACAGUUACCAACUCAAUCAAGAUGAAGCUGUCUGUAAUACUUGGAGUGUCCCAGAUGUUCUUCGGUGUUGGUCUCAGCUUUAUCAAUAGCAGAUAUUUCAACAAAGCAAUCAACAUAUACUGUGAAUUUAUACCUCAAGUGAUCUUCCUUUUCUGUAUGUUUGGUUACCUCAUUAUUCUUAUCUUCGUCAAGUGGACAACAUUCACAUACAAGGACACAGGCAAUGCACCGAAUCUGCUUAUAGGUUUGAUAAACAUGGUGCUGUUUUCCUAUGAUGAGAAUGCCCAGCCAAGUGUGCGACCUUUCUAUGCUGGUCAGAAAGGAUUCCAGAUUUUCCUUGUGUUACUGGCCCUGGCCUGUGUACCUUGGAUGUGGUUCGCUAAGCCCUUCCUUCUGCGACACUGGCAUCGAUACGGACAGUUCAAACAUCAGCAAUUGUCUGUUCAGAGCGGUGACCUUGUGAAUCACGCUCAAGAGAUCAAUCAACAGGGUGACAGUGGGAUGAUGGCAGCCGGUGAACUAACAGACAUAGAGGAGGAAUUCAACUUUGAGGAAAUAUUUGUUCACCAGUCUAUACACACCAUUGAGUACUGUUUGGGGUGUAUUUCUCACACAGCUUCCUACCUUCGACUCUGGGCUCUUAGUUUGGCCCAUGCUCAGUUGUCCGAGGUACUGUGGAAGAUGGUACUACAUAUAGGACUAGCCAUGGACCAUGGAAUUCUUGGAGCAUUUUUCAUUGUGCCACUGUUUGCAUUCUGGGCAGUGCUGACCGUUGUUGUAUUAGUUGUCAUGGAGGGUCUGUCUGCAUUCCUCCAUGCUCUCCGUCUACACUGGGUUGAGUUCCAGUCCAAAUUUUAUGCCGGUGAAGGAUAUAAAUUCCAGCCAUUCUCCUUUGAAAACAUGAUGGAGUAUGCUAUUGAAGAUUAAAGUCUUAGUUAACGGCGAAAAAAGACGAUGUUCCUUCAUAGACUGUCAAAAUGUUUGCAGGGUCUGUUAUCAGAACCCAUCUCUCUGAGCAUGUGCAUAAAAUUUAAUGGAUAUGAUAUUCAGAAAGGAGUAUUGGGAAUCAGUUCUGAUUACAAAUCCUACAUACUACUUCAUUAUAAUGAUUUGUCACAUCAACUAACAAGGAAAUUAGACACCCCACCAUCAGCUGCUCUGUAUACAUGUACUUAAUAUGGUGUUGUUUUCCUCUAAAUAUCUUUAUGAUUUGUCCAAGGUCGUCUCUAUACUUUUGUACUGUACUUCUAUGGAGCUGUAGUAGAUAUUCUGAUUAAGACCUCCCCAAGUGGUAGGGUAUAUUGUCAAUGAUUCUGACAAAUGUAGACUGAUGAGACCAUAGCAGUCAGUAUAAAGCAGCAUUUAAAUUGUAAUUAAUGAGAGAAUUACAUUUUUCUUUGUCAUUUUUUAUAAAUUUUUGGGGGCUGUAUUGUGGGUUCUUUAUGGGAGUGAUUUUGGAUAUUUUUAAAGAUAAAAAAUUACAGUAAUAAAAAUAACCUUGUGUUAUUGAAUAUAUAUAUUUAAAGGUCUAGACAGACAAUAUUGCUGACAGACUAGUAUUGAAGAUUUAUAGAGGAGUAGAAAAACCUGAUAGACUACUGUGUGAGGUUUGUGUGACCAACUAUCGGCUGUUGUUUAGAAAUUAUCUCACAAUCGUAAUCAACAGGUACUCUUACAUAUAUGAUGUCAGCCUGUUUUUGUACUGAUGUUAUGGAUUUUAAGGUAUUAAGUACAGUACGUGUACUUGAUAUGGUAUAUUUGUUGUGCGGUGGUUUACUGGCCUCGUACCAUUCCAUGCUAUGAAUCUCAUUUAUUGAUUAUUGAUUUCAUUGUGAGUUGGGAGUCGAUAUGAGGUCACCAUAUCUAUAAACCUCAUUUAGAUAGCAUCUACCUCGCCAUUCUCCGCCAGUCUCUUAUCACCUGUUAUCCACAAUUAUUUGGAGGAACAUUUCUAUAACAAGUGCUAAAGAGGAGGGCCAAUCAAGGUAUUUGUCCUCUGUGGUACCAAAGUAAUAUUUCGUACUUUCAACGUAUUUUCUGUAGAUAAAUCCAUUAAUCAGUCUUGUGCGGAGAUAAUAUUGUUUACUCAACUGGUGUAUGAUAUCCUACGUAUUUUAAAAAAAGGAUGUUAUUACUAAUUCUCUCACCAAGGUGAUCAGAUAUUGAUGUGACGGCGGCUCUUGUUUAUUUAUUUAUUUAUUAUGUUGACACUGUGCUACACAAAUCACAACCUUCACUGAAGGCUUGGGUGUUUUUUACCAUUGGUUUCACCAAUUUUCUUAUAAAACACAUUACACAGAUUUUAGUGAUCAUUAGGGAAUACAAGACAGGAUGUACAGGUUUUGAUACACAAAUCAAGUCUGCCAUGACACCUACCUGGCACGGGGUAGAGAUAUUUCCCAUCCAAUGAGGAGUUUCCUGAUGAAGAUGUAAUCAGGGUUACAUGCAGACUGUUUCCAAAACCAAAUGAAAGUGUCAGUGAUGUUUUUGAUUCCACUUGGUCUUUGUUGUACAGGUUUGUUACUUACAUAUCACUUUUUACUCAACAAGUACUUAGAAUAUUUCCCAUAACCAGAGUCUAAUAACACAAUAGCCUGUGUUGCAUGUGGUCGAUCCUUGUUGUCAGGUUGUAGUUUUCUCGAAGUUUAUCUUGUCUAUCACUCUGAUGGUUGUCUGCCUUAAAUAGGUCACAGUGACCUGAGGAUUUCCUGUUUCAUUAAAAAUCAUUAAAUCAGUUUCAAGACCAGAAUAUUUGUAUUUGCAUAAAAUUUGAAACAAAAUCCUGGAAUGUUUUAUGAAAACCAGUUCACUGUGUGCUGAGAUUGUGUGGGAAAUGACGAUUUAAUCACAGUAAAAGCUCUGUGGUAUCGUACAAGGAUCCACGGUACAUUUGUUACAGUAGAUUGGUGUAAUUGUGAAGUGCUAUGUUUUGGUUUUACUCAAUGUUUAACAUGAUUUGCACCAGACAUUUUUACAGGAGAGAGGGUAUCCUCUGUAGUGCUCAAGGGAAAACUGUGUAAUGCUUUAAUACUUUUAAAAGCUUUAAUUAUGUCGAGACAUUGUAUAAGGGAGAUCAGUAUAGUUCUGUCACAUUGUGUGCUUCAGAACUUAGUUCACACUUUUACAAUACUGAGGAAUUUCAGAGGAAACAUUUUUUUUUACUUAAUGCCUGUUAAAUGUCAUCAAUUUUAUUUGCUUAAAAUUCUGGUAAAGUUGAGAAAUUGAGGGCCUCAGCAAUAGAUCUACAAAGUUCAGAGCUCUCAGCAAUAGAUCUAUGGAGUUAAGGGCCCUCAGCAAUAGAGCUGUGGAGUUAAGGGCCCUCAGCAAUAGAGCUGUGGAGAUAAGGGGCCUCAGCAAUAGAGCUGUGGAGUUAAGGGCCCUCGGCAAUAGAUCUAUGGAGUUAAGGGCCCUCAGCAAUAGAUGUAUGGAAUUCAGUAUUUUUUGUUUAUUGUUUUAUUGGUGAUGUAAUAUGUGUGGAAUAAAAUGCCAUCAGUGGCAAUGGAACAA